CCCAAAAUGGCUUUGUUUCUUAGUUUGCUCUUCUUCCUUUUGAUAUCUUAUUCUACCGCUUGUGAUCGUUGCGUUCAUCGAUCCAAAGCUACUCACUAUCAUUAUGACGUGCCUGUUUCAUAUGGAUCAACAUGUGGAUAUGGAAAGUUAGAGUAUGAAAUUUCCAAGGGAUACUUUGCAGCUGUGGUGCCUUCUCUUUAUAAAGAAGGAGCUACUUGUGGUGCUUGCUAUCAAGUAAGAUGUAAGAACAAGACAUUAUGCAAUUCAGUAGGGAGUAAAGUAGUUGUGACAGAUAUACAUUAUAAUAAUGGAACUGAUUUUGUCCUAAGUAGAAAAGCUUUCUCUACCAUGUCUUUAAGGGGCAAAACUCAACAACUUUUGGAUAUUGAUAGCAUCAAUGUGGAAUACAAGAGGAUACCUUGUGAAUACAAAAACAAAAACUUGUUGGUGGAAAUUGUAGAAUGGAGCCACAAACCAGAAGUUUUGGCAAUAAAAUUGCUAUACCAAGGUGGCCAAACUGACAUACUAGCCGUGAAUAUAGCUCAGGUUGAGUUACAUAAAUGGAGUCCCAUGAUAAGGAACUUUGGUGCUAUUUGGUAUAUACCAAAUGUAAUGGAAGGAGCAUUAAAGUUAAAAAUGAUGGUAACUUCUGGAUAUAAUAAGAAAUGGAUUUCAACAAAGUAUGCACUUCCUGCUGAUUGGAAUAGUGGAAACAUCUAUGAUACUGGAAUUCAAAUCAAGGAUAUUAUUAUGGAAAAUUGCCCACCUCAAAAUUGUGGUCUCAAGCCAUAGAAAUGAAGGGAAAGUUGAUAAAUUUAUGAGUUGGGUGAUUUUUUUUUUUUUUUUUUUUUUUAAAUUUUAUAAGCAUAGUUCAAAAAAUUUAGA